AUGAUAUCAAGCUGUUUUCAGAAUGGUCAAAAAGUGGGCAUUGUCAGGAUCGUUCCUCAAGAAAAAUUGGAAAAAGUCGAAAUUGUUCCAGCAACGCGCCUCCAGCAAGGAGCACAAACAAAGUUAAAGCUGGUAUACGCAGGACUAAUCAGUAAUAAGCUUGGAGGACUUUAUCAAACAACCUAUACAGAGAAUGAUGGCAGCAAAAAGUGGCUAUUAAGGGUGGCUGCUGUAACUCAAAUGGAGCCCAUAGAUGCUCGCAGCAUGGUUCCAUGUUUUGAUGAACCCGAAUUCAAGGCUACAAGUUUCAAAAUUAAACCAUAUAAAUCAAGUCCAUAUCUGGUCGACUUGAACUUCAUAACGCAUCGACCGGAGGAUGAGUGGCGUGGUGGUUCGAGGUGCCGCUAUGACCAAAUCGGACCUAGGUCUCCAAUUCCGCCGCUGGGCCAGCAAACCCUGUAAUC